GACAGGCAAGGGGGGAGAGAGAGUGAGAGAGACAGAGGGAGGAGGGGGGAGUGAGACCUGGUUUCUCUAACACUAAUCUUGUCCUCGCAACACACUCGCUCUAUGAGAGCAAUUAGAUUCAGCUGCGUUUCCACAGCCUCUGCAAUGACUCAUUGAAACAUCUUCUGUGCUGAUAAAGCCGCAUCUCCCCCCCCUCUCUCCUCACACACACGCGUGCACACACACACACACACACACGCGCGCGCACACAAACGGGCGCAGGCAGGAGGCAUAGCUGCGCUGCCUUCAGCACGUCAGGACUUCUUACUUUGGAUUUGCGGAGCAGGAGGCUGGACUUUACUGGGUUUUUUAGCCGUGUGUUUGGACUCGAGUCGGGACUGACGAAGGAGGGGGAGCCGGUGGAGACCCGGGCUGAGGAUAUCCCAUCAAGCUGGAGCCAAGGUUACCACAGAGCGUCGUAGGCCCUCUCCUGACCCGGACAGGUGAGUCGUUCAGCAGCCGCCCGUCUCCAUGCAGGCUCUCAGGAUGGGGAGCUCUGAAGCUGCUUUGAUUGGCUGCGGCUCCUUUGCUCAGCUCGCAGCCUGAGGAGCAUCAGGAGUUCAUCUCGGUGGAGGGGAAGGGGGGGCACGAGGACCCUCCGGUGGACCUUAACCACGACCUGCCAGGCUCCGGCUCAGCACCGCAGGAGCAUGUCACCGCCAGGAGGCCCUUCAUGGAUGUGUUGCUCCACGGCCAGGGCCAACUUCCUGCUAUGGGUGGGGCUGGUGUCCAUCUGUGGGGCCGCCGCUCAGGCCCAGCAGCCCCCCGUGGUCACUACAAAUUACGGGAAAUUGCGGGGAGUGAAGGUUACAUUACCCAAUGAGAUCCUGGGACCAGUGGAACAGUAUUUGGGGAUCCCGUACGCGCUGGCCCCGACGGGGGAGCGGAGGUUCCAGCCGCCCGAGCCGCCAAUGUCCUGGCCGGGCAUCAGGAAUGCUACUCAGUUUGCUCCGGUUUGUCCUCAGUUCUUGGAGGACCGCUUUUUGCUCAAUGAUAUGCUCCCAGUGUGGUUCACCGCCAACUUGGAUACAGUGGUGACCUACGUGCAGGAUCAGAGCGAGGACUGCCUCUACAUGAACAUCUACGUCCCCACGGAAGACGAUAUCCACGAUGAGAACGGCUUGAAGCCUGUCAUGGUUUACAUCCACGGGGGCUCCUACAUGGAGGGGACCGGCAACAUGAUUGACGGCAGCAUCCUGGCCAGCUACGGGAACGUCAUCGUCAUCACCAUCAACUACCGGCUGGGAGUCCUGGGUUUCCUAAGCACAGGAGACCAGGCGGCCAAAGGCAACUACGGACUGCUGGAUCAGAUCCAGGCUCUCAGGUGGAUCAAAGAAAACAUCCAGGCCUUCAAAGGAGAUCCGAAGAGAGUGACCAUUUUUGGCUCUGGGGCCGGGGCCUCGUGCGUCAGCCUGCUCACCCUCUCCCAUUACUCAGAAGAUCUGUUCCAGAAAGCUAUCAUCCAGAGCGGCACAGCGCUGUCCAGCUGGGCGGUCAACUACCAGCCGGCCAAGUACACCCGGGCCCUGGCUGAGAAGGUGGGCUGCAACAUGCUGGACACCAUCGACCUGGUGGAGUGCCUGCAGAACAAGAACUACAAGGAGCUGAUCGAGCAAUACAUCACGCCCGCAAAGUACCACAUCGCCUUUGGGCCUGUGAUCGAUGGCGACGUCAUCCCGGAUGAUCCCCAGAUCCUGAUGGAGCAAGGGGAGUUCCUGAACUACGACAUCAUGCUAGGGGUCAAUCAAGGGGAGGGGUUUAAGUUUGUAGACGGUAUCGUGGACAGCGAGGACGGGGUGUCUGCCAAUGAUUUUGACUUUGCCGUGUCGGACUUUGUUGACCAUCUCUACGGCUAUCCGGAGGGGAAGGACACUCUGCGCGAGACCAUCAAGUUCAUGUACACGGACUGGGCGGACAAGGAGAACCCGGAGACCCGGCGCAAGACCCUGGUGGCCCUGUUCACGGACCACCAGUGGGUGGCCCCGGCAGUGGCCACGGCCGACCUCCACGCCCAGUACGGCUCGCCCACCUACUUCUACGCUUUCUACCACCACUGUCAGAGCGACAUGAAGCCCAGCUGGGCCGACUCGGCGCACGGCGACGAGGUACCCUACGUGUUUGGAAUCCCCAUGAUCGGACCCACGGACCUCUUCAACUGCAACUUCUCGAAAAACGACGUGAUGCUGAGCGCCGUCGUCAUGACCUACUGGACUAACUUUGCCAAAACAGGGGAUCCAAACCAACCAGUUCCACAGGAUACAAAGUUCAUCCACACAAAACCAAACCGUUUUGAAGAGGUAGCCUGGACCAAGUACAACCCCAAAGACCAGCUCUACCUUCACAUUGGUCUCAAACCUCGAGUCCGCGACCACUACCGUGCCACCAAGGUGGCUUUCUGGUUGGAACUAGUCCCGCAUCUCCACAACAUCAAUGAAUUCUUUCAAUACGUAUCCACCACCACCAAAAUACCUCCACAGGACACCACCCCUUACCCUUACACCAAACGAUUCCCUGGCAAAAACAACUGGCCGUCCACCACCCGCCAUCCGGGGGACCCGUCCGCCAACACCAAACAGACCACAGACCAGCGCAAGAGUGGCGACCUGACGGACGAGUCGGCGGUGGUGAUCGAGACCAAGAGGGACUACUCCACCGAGCUCAGCGUCACCAUCGCGGUCGGAGCCUCGCUGCUCUUCCUCAACAUCCUCGCCUUCGCUGCGCUAUACUACAAGAAAGACAAGCGGCGACACGACUCCAACAGGCGCGUCCCCACCCCGCAGCGAAACUCCGCCCCCACCAACACGCCCUCCACCACCAACGACGUGGCCCACCUGCAGAGCGAGGAGCUCAUGUCCCUGCAGAUGAAGCAGCAGCAGCUGGAGCUCGAGCACCACCACGAGUGCGAGUCGAUGCAGACCCACGACACCUCAACUGCCCCCCCCGACUACACCCUCACCCUGCGCCGCUCUCCCGACGACAUACCCCUGAUGACGCCCAGCACCAUCACCAUGAUCCCAAACUCGCUGGCUGGCAUGCAGCCUCUGCACAACUUCAAUCCUUUUGGUGGCAGCCAGAACAGUACCAACCUGCCCCACGGCCACUCCACCACGCGGGUAUAGCUCCACCAGACGGAGGGUGUUGGAGACCCUGUGGAUCGGCCACUGACCUCGCCAGGCUAAUUUGAGUGGCUGCCAGUGUGAAGCACAGACUUAGCAGAUGUUAUUUUGCUACCAUGCCUUCUCGAAAAGCAUAUACAGUAUUAAUUGAUCAUGAACUCAUAAAGUGAAUGUUACUACAGUAAUAACUACUUGGAGCUCAGCUUCAUGGAAGGUUUUUGAGGAGUUUUACCAAAAGAAAAGGCAACCAGGGGAUGACUAUUAUUAUUCUUACAGGAAAAAGUGAACAGUUGGAAAGGGGCUUUUGUGCCAUAAAUACACAACAGGAAGACCGCUGUUGAAAAGCAUCAAUUGAGACAUCAUCUUUUCAUGAUCCUUCAUGACACCUGACUUGGGCACAGAAUUCUACACCCCAGCCUGAAAUGUAUUUAUGAAAACUUUGUAAAAAAAGAAAGAAAGAAAGACAGAAAAAGGUAUAUAGUUGUGCGUUGAAAUUUAAAAAUCUAAAAAACGCUAAAAAAUAUGUUAAAAGAGCUUCUUAAUUAUUUAUUUUGGCUGAGAUCUUUUGGGUUUUUCAAGCUUGUGCUUUCUGUUACGUGCGUGUAAAUAUAUUGGAACAUUCAUCAAUCUUUUUACGAUCACAACCCAUUGUUUUUUUUAUCACAGAACGACCAAAAUGCGAACACAAUCCCAUCCGCGGAGAGUUGCAGUGUGCCGGUCAUCACAUGCAAUACUGUUUCCUGCUUUCGCUUCGUUUCCAUUCUUUACACAUUGCAUGUCCAGGAAGAGCUUUACUCUCCAUUCUCAGACACGUUCCCCGUCUGAGAAUGAGGACUGACUUAAUCCCUUCACCUGCUGUCAUCCUGUUAUGUUUCCAAUAGUUUUCUUUGUGGGCUUUUUUCUGUCUUGCAAUCUCAGCACUGCCUGAGCUUACGAUGUGACCAGCAAUGUAUUAUUUAGAACUAAAAAAGGCAGUGUUUUUUUGUAUGAAUAUUGGUUGGAUAUGUUUGUAAAGAAAUAUAUGUUAGAUAUUUCAAAAUGUCAUAUGCUAGCAAUAUGUAAAGUAUUGUGCCAGGCUUGUGAUUUUUUUGGGUUACAAAAGCAAGUGAAUGAGUGUAAAUAUUAAAGAUAUUAGUAUCAUGAAAUUACAACAAAAGUAACCAUUAAAUCUCUUUCCGUUUUUGCAUCCUACUACAAAAAAAUGGAAGUACAUCCAGAAGAUUUUAAGCUACAUUUGUAAAUUCUAUAAAAGAUAUAUUCUUGCCAUUUGGUCCCUAAACCAGUCAAGAUAACAAAGGUUUUAAUGUAGAGUUUCAAAAUGCUUAGUUUGUCUAAUUUCUGUUUGCGGUUUUUGCCUUAAGUGAUAAUAGAGAUAUUUCUGGCUGGACACCUGUAUACACUUUUUCUGCAACAUUUUUAAUAAAAUAUCACAGUAUUUUCUAAAAAAAGAGAAAAAGAA